AUGUCGGGCUUGGAGGUUCUAGGGGCUGUUGCAAGCUCCAUUGCUCUGGUGCAAGCAGUAAAAGGGACUCUCAAAGCUGUUGACUUCUUGCGCCAGAAUUCCGAGAUGAAGAAGCAGUGCAACAAUCUGAGGAGAGAACAGAUUCUCAUUAUUGAAUAUUUCAUCAUGCAGGCACAACAACAGACUUGUCAAACAAACCCAGCACAACAGCUUCUUGGGUCAGCGGAGCACCCUUUGGUCUCUCUGGCGACAGAAGAACUUGAGGAUAUAUUGAAGGAGCUCAAUGAGAUCGUGGAGAAAUACUCGCACUCUCGUAAGGCACAUGAUCCGAAGCGCUAUACUGAUAAGAUGAAGUGGUUCACCGAAGCGUCCAAAAUCGAGGAGCUUUGCGAUAGAGCUCAGGCGACAAAGUCGAACCUGCAUAUGGCCAUCACAUUUCGAGUCUCUUCUAUGGUAGAUAGAGGCAAUAUGCGGCAAGAAGUGCUAUUUCAUCGCGUCACACAGCAGUUGACUUCCUACACGCACGGAUAUUUCAAUGAACAGAAAUCCUUGAACGGGAUACCUGAGACAAGCUACACGAUAGCUCGCCAGCAUCGAGUUCAAGAGCUGGAGGAGCAAGGCAUGGUUGUCUCGUCGAGAUCAAACAAGGGAAAGUUCGAUGCCCAAGGAGCAUCCCCAAGCGGAGAGUCCAAUUAUACUGCUCUCACCACCAAAGAAGAGACUUUUAUGAGUGUUACAACAGUCCAACCUCUAGAAAAACUGUCAUCUCUCAUACCUGAUUGGGACGAGGAUCGCACAACCGACAUCCAUUUGGAAGCUGCAAACCCGGAAGGAACAGCUGACGGGAUGUUGAAAGCCUUGCAAAAGGAACCGUGGGCUAUCGAUGAGCAGGAUGAGUGUGGAAUGUGUCCCAUCCAUCAUGCUGUGCGCGAGGGAAACUCCGAAGCUCUCGUUCUCUUGAUCAUGGCCGGAGCCAACAUCAAUCAGCGUUGUGGUCUCGGACACACUCCUCUCUUAUGGUCUGUAUCCCAUCGGCAAGAGGAAGCAACAAAAAAGCUUCUGGAGUAUGAAGAUUGUCGCAUUCACGUGAAUGACUUGGUUCUUAACGGAGCUACUGUAAUACACUACGCUAUAGGCCGUAGUUUCCCAGCAGGUGUCCGUAUGUUACUUGAAGCCGGAGCGAUGACCAAGUUGCCCCGCACACCCAUUUACACCCCGCCCAUCAUGCACAUUCUUGGAUCUGAGACAGAUCAGGAAAGUGUUGAUGAGAUCGCUGAUCUUUUGCUGAUGCAUGGAGCCGACCUCGAAGAAAGAGAUAUCGAUAGCAGGACACCAAUCAUAUCAGCGAUAACAUGCAGAAGUAUACUGGCGCUGCGCAAACUUGUUAGUGCCGGGGCAUCUCUGAAAGCUAUGACCUCGAUAAAUCAUAAUAUUCUUCACAGUGCUGCUUUUGCUGCUGAUGUUGAGAUACUGGACUAUAUUACGAAGCUGGAUCUCACCGGCGUACAAGUGACGCAGCGAGCAACUAAUGGCGACAACCCCUUGCGAGUAUUGUAUUUAACGUGGAGCCGUCCUUUCUGGAGAGUAACCAAACAUCAGCCCCAGUUAAGCUCCGCAGCGAUCGAAGCAGUUAUCACCUUCUAUUUCGACUUGCUGAUUCCUGAAUUAAGACGGCAUAUAUCAACCAUCGACAUGCUUCUUCAAGCUGUCAAAGAUAGAGAUUCAUCUACAGCAACCGGCAUACUGGAUCAGCUCAUCGAGAAGAACGUCAAGUGCGGAGAACCAGAUCUUGUGGGAUGGUACAGAGGACUGAAAGGUUACGUGUUCGGUGGCGACUGGGACCAUCUAGCGGAUGUUCUUGAGGAGGAAUACGACGAGACAGACGAGAAGAUCGAACGAGCGAGAAUUGCGAGAGGGAAAGCGAUUACAGACCCAGAGAUGGAAGAAUUUUUCUGA